AUGAAACAAAAACCUGUUACAGAAUCCGAAGGGAGAAGUGUAGCGAAAGUUAUAGGGGCACAGGCAUAUAUUGAAUGUUCAGGUAACUUUAUUUGCUCUGAUUCAUCUUUUGCAGCUAAGCAAAAGGAAGGCGUUAAUGAUUCAUGUGCAUAUUAUUAUUGGUUUACACCUAAAUCUCCACCUCUCAUUGUCAUUGGGAUAGGUUUGGCAAGACACUUUGAUAAGAGUGGAGUCUUUAAGAUUUACCGUAUUGCAUUUCUUUGUUUAAUGAAUACAAUGCAAAGAUAUACACAAAAUAUGGUCACUUUACAAUAAUAAUAAUCUGUUGGAUUCGAAUUUUUAUAUACCAUUGAUAAAACUCUUUUAGUUUAAUUGUAUAUUAGUCAGUAUAUCAUUGUAUUAUGUAAUAAUGUAUUAGAUUCCAAGUUCGAGCUUGCCUCGUGAUACAGUUUGGUGAUUUCCGCAAUAAUCAUUAACAUAAUCGAUUAUUUCAACGACCUUCAAAAAAUCACGAUUGUGCGUACAACAAAUUUUUAAUAAUCCCCAUAGAAUAUCC